CCGACCCCCCUUCUGUUCAGCACCCCAUGUAAAGCUGCGGGCUGGGGGUGCUGCUUGAACCCCCAAAUUUCCGGGGUCCCGCCAGCCCCCCGCGCCUGCGCGGGCCGGGGAAACCCGGCUACUGCUGAUGGGUCGAUUUAAAAGUUAAAAUGCUUCCUGACUCUAAGCCGCACAUGCCCUGGGGCAGAACAAAAAUGUCGCAAAACGUAGACGAGAGCCGUUUAUUAACGUUUGCUUGGCACCGCUGCGCGUACCCUUAAAUUGCAGGCUCUGUUGUUGGGAGUAGGGAAGAACGCCAGGAUCAGCUGAGCUAACGGGACUUUAAUAUUUUUAAGCAAAUCAAACUGGUUUUGGAAGACAAGAUGACUACAGCUGCAGAAAGAAAGUAUAUUAAUAUUCGAAAAAGAUUGGAUCAGUUGGGCUAUCGCCAGACUCUGACAGUUGAGUGUUUACCUUUGGUAGAAAAACUUUUCAGUGACCUAGUUCAUACAACAGAAAGUCUUCGGAAAUCAAAAUUAUCUGCUGUGAAAGCUGAAAAAGAAAGUGCCAAUUUUGAUUUUGUUUUGGAACCUUAUAAACUUGAAAAUGCAAAAUUAAGCAAGGAAAAUAAUGAAUUAUACCUGGAAUUAAUGAAACUAAAAGAGCAGUCAGGUCAACAGAUUAAAGAGUUGAAAACUACUUUGAAGAAGUGUGCACGUGAAACAGCUGAUCUGAAAUUUUUAAAUAACCAGUAUGUUCAUAAAGUCAAACUUUUGGAGAAAGAGAGCAAAGCUAAGAAUGAAAAAAUUCAGCAACUUCAAGAAAAGAAUUUGCAUGCUGUAGUACAAACUCCAGGUGGCAAAAAAAGAAGCAUUGCUUUUAGGCGCCAGCGUAUGCAAAUUGAUGAGCCAGUCCCUCCCUCUGAAGUUAGCUCCUACCCAGUUCCUCAGCCAGAUGACCCUUACAUCGCAGACCUCCUUCAAGUGGCAGAUAAUAGAAUUCAAGAACUUCAACAAGAAGUCCACCAGUUACAAGAAAAGUUAGCAAUGAUGGAAAGUGGACUGAGAGAUUAUAACAAGCAGAUUGAGCUAAGAGAACGAGAAAUAGAACGACUGUCAAUUGCACUGGAUGGUGGUCGCUCUUCUGAUAUCCUCUCUCUGGAGACUAGAAAUAAAAGCAAUGAAAAACUUAUUGCUCAUUUAAAUAUUCAGGUUGACUUUCUUCAGCAAGCUAAUAAAGAUCUGGAGAGGCAUAUACAAGAGCUUAUGGAAACCAAGGAAACAGUGACUACUGAAGUUGUUAACUUAAGUAACAAAAAUGAAAAACUUUGCCAAGAAUUAACUGAAAUAGACCAGUUAGCUCAGCAGUUGGAAAGACAUAAAGAAGAAGUGCUCGAGACUGCUGAUAAGGAACUUGGGGAAGCAAAGAAAGAGAUUAAAAGAAAGCUCUCUGAAAUGCGGAAUCUUGAGGAAACAAUGGCAAAACUUCAACUAGAAUUAAGUUUAUGUCAUAAAGAAAAAGAAAGACUGAGUGAUGAACUUCUUAUAAAAUCAGACCUGGAAACUGUUGUUCAUCAGCUUGAAGAAGAAAAGCAAAGACUUACCAAAAAAAUUGAAAGUUUUUCAGUUACAGAAAGAGAACUUACUUUGGAAGUUGAGAGAAUGAGGCUAGAACAUGGAAUAAAACGUCGAGACAAGUCACCUUCUCGUUUAGAUACAUUUCUGAAAGGUAUAGAAGAAGAACGAGACUAUUAUAAGAAAGAGCUAGAAAGACUCCAACAUAUAAUACAGCGAAGAUCUUGUUCUGCAAAUUAUUCUGCACGUGAAAAAAUGUCAAUAUUUAAAGCACCAGAAAAGGGUGAUUACAAUUCAGAAAUUCAUCUGAUUGCAAAGGAAAGGGAUGAACUUCAGUAUAUGCUAGAAAGAUUUGAAAAACAUAUGGAAGAUAUACAGUGUAAUGUUAAAUUAUUGACAGCAGAAAGAGAUAAACUAAGCCUCUUAUAUAAAGAAGCUCAGGAAGAAUUAUCGGUACUAAGACAAGAAUCUUCCCAAACCGCAGUCUCCCAGAAUAUUAUUAGUCUUAUGGAAAAGGAAAAAGAACUUGCAGUAUCUGACUUAAGGAGGAUUAUGGCAGAAAAAGAAGCUUUAAAAGAAAAAUUAAGAAGUCUCCAGGAAAUGAGUCAUUUUGGAAACUCAGAAUUAGAGAAAAUUGUUGAACAUUUGACAUGUGUUAAUCACCAGCUUGAAAAAGAAAAAUGUGAAUUAAAGUCUAAAAUGUUGAUAAUGAGAGAAACAAUAGAGUCAUUAGAGAAUAAAGCAAAAUUCCAAGCCCACAAACUCAGCCACGUGGCUGGUGACUCCUCUCUUCAGAAAACAGAGAUGAACUCACUCAGGAUAGUAAAUGAGCAGCUGCAGCGGUCACUUGAUGAUUAUCAGCAUCGACUUUCCGCACAAAGAGGUGAAGUUGAAUUAGCCCAAGCACAAAUUAAAACACUGGAGGAGAAAAUAGGUAAACUACACCUUAAGAUGACUUCACAGAAUGAGGAGGCUCAUGUAAUGAAAAAGACCAUUGGUGCUAUUGAUAAAGAGAAGGACUUUCUCCAGGAGACUGUAGAUGAAAAGACAGAAAAGAUUGCAAACUUGCAAGAAAACCUAGCUAAUAAAGACAGAACUAUUGCUCAGAUGAAGAUAACAGUCUCAGAAUAUGACUCUUCUAUGAAUCAGCUAAAGGAAACUUUGUCUAAUCGGGACCGGGAGAUAAACAGCCUCCGGCGGCAGCUAGAUACAACUCACAAAGAACUUGAUGAAGUAGGAAAAUCUAAAGAAAUAUCUUUUAAGGAAAACAGACGAUUACAAGAUGAUCUGGCUACAAUGGCAAGAGAAAACCAAGAAAUUUCAUUGGAAUUGGAAGCUGCAGUGCAAGAAAAAGAAGACAUGAAGAGUAGAGUUCAUAAUUACAUAACUGAGGUGUCACGAUGGGAGAGCUUAAUGGCUGCUAAGGAAAAAGAAAAUCAAGAUUUGUUAGAUAAAUUUCAGAUGCUUCAUAAUCGUGCUGAAGACUGGGAGGUCAAAGCCCAUCAAGCUGAGGGAGAGAGCAGCUCAGUUCGACUGGAACUUCUUUCUAUUGACACAGAGAGGAGACACCUACGAGAAAGAGUGGAACUAUUAGAAAAAGAAAUUCAGGAGCACAUAAAUGCGCAUCAUGCUUAUGAAUCUCAGAUCUCAUCAAUGGCAAAAGCUAUAUCUACAUUAGAAGAACAUCUGAGACAACAAGAAGAUGAGAAAGCAUCAACAUUAAGUGAUUUGUCAUCUCUUAGAGAACUAUGCAUUAAGCUUGACUCAGGCAAAGAUAUUAUGACUCAACAGUUGAAUGCCAAAAGCCUUGAGUUGGAGAGGGUUAUAGCAGAAUUAGAAAAUGUAAAAUCAGAAUCAGACCUGUUAAAAAAACAACUCUUAAGUGAGAGACAUACAAUUAAAAACCUUGAAUCAUUGUUGGCUACAAAUAGAGAUAAAGAAUUUCAGUCUCAUUUAACCUCCCACGAGAAGGAUACAGAAAUUCAGCUACUUAAAGAGAAGCUAACCCUUUCAGAAAGCAAAUUAACUAGCCAAAGCCGGGAAAAUACCAUGCUUCGGGCUAAAGUGGCACAAUUCCAAACUGAUCUUGAUAGUCUCAAGAGGCAGAUUUCAACUGAAAGAUACGAACGAGAGCGAGCAAUCCAAGAGAUGCGUCGGCAUGGUCUUCCUACACCACCUCUUAGUUCUACUCUAAGGUCUCCUUUACAUUCUCCUGAGCAUAUGAAUUAAUACUUAUCAGAAAGAAUGAUGGUUUUUCAGUCGUUGGCUGUGUGGAUUUUUAAAAGGACAGAACAGUAAUGAAAUAAUUCAAGUACUUGUUCCUGAAAAUCAUGAACAUUGACACAAAUUCUACCUCUGUCAACUUUUAUUUAAAUCAGUGAAUAUUUAUGUAAAAAAUUUUGGUUUUAAAGAGCUAUAUAUAUGUAUAUAUGUGACAAACAAAAUACGCAUUAAUAUUGCUAACUGAUAUUAUAUCUGUGUUUUUAUUAUUCCUGACUUAACUUACUCCUCGAAGUGUGUUUACACUGUGAAUUGACACAAUGUAUUGUUCACAUUAUGCUUUAGUUUUCUUUUUCUUAAUGAGCCAUGAUAUGUAUGUGUAAAUAUUCUUACAGUACUUGUUUUUUACAUGUAUUUAGUUUUCAUACCUAUGUUUAUAACCCAUAUCCUUAAUACAUUAACAGGAAUUAUCAAUUUGGAUACUAUGCUGUCAUGCUUAAGUUUUUCUUGUUAGUCUAAAAUUAAUUUUUUACCAGUUUGCUAUCACUGAGGGGAAUAUAUUUAAGUCAGUCUUACAUUCAAAAAGAGCUUUACAAAAUAAUGGCUACCACAUGUAAUUUAUUGUCAAGUAAGAGAACUGUAAUGGGAAAGAUACAUUUAUAUAUUAUAUACAAUAUUUUGGCUGUCACAUGGACUGUUUUCAUAAUACAAGUUCUAUCAAAUUUAUAAUUUUGUGGAAAAAAAGAACAGAAAUUUGGUACAUUUUUUCAAUAAAUAAAAUUUCUGAGUGUAUUAAUCUAAAAUUUCAGAAUAUGAAAGUAUACAGGUUAAAUAUAGUAAAACAUUUUGUUAAAAUUCAAAUACAUAUUCAGUAUCAGUUUUUUGCUUCGUAAAGCUGAAUGUUGUAAUUUAUCAGUCUUCCAGAACAGUAUGUAAGCACUAAACUAUGGCAUCUAAAAUAGAAAACAACUUUUUAUAAUUAAUUUUCAAACUUGUCAUUUUGAAGAUUUUAGGCAUAUGUAUUAAUGAAAGAAUAAAAGUACAAAAUAGAAUGUCACCUACAAAGACUAAUCGUGUUUGAACUGAACACAGGUGAAAAUCCUAUUUUUAAUAGAUUUCAUUAUGAUUGAAAAAGAAUUUAAAAACUGACUAAAGAAAUUGGAAGACCAGUUAUUCAGAAUACAUUUUGGUUCCCCCUGUGGUUUUAUAAAGUAGUAUAUUUGUGUGUGUGUGUGUGUGUGUGUGUGUGUGUAGUGUAUACAUACAUAUUGGGGGGACAGUGCUCUUUUUCUAAAACUAAUAUGCCUUAUAUUUCAGGUUAUGCCCUUUGAAUAAUUCAGGGUGUAUUUGGGUAUGAUGUGACUUACUGUUCACCACCUUUGUAAUUUAAUGUAUUACACUUCCUAUGUGUGAAUUCAUGUAUUAUAGCGAAGUAUAAGAGAAUGGGACUAUUUGCAAUGUCAUGUGGAAAAUCUUUCAAUAAAUAUUUGUAAAUAAAUUUAAAAAUAUUUGUUCCCACCUUUUCCCCCAAAGUAACUACAAGUCAUUUUGAUACUGUUUUCAGUCUUUCUAUAAUUAAAAAAUUUAUA